CUGUCUCGUCAGUACUUGGAUGUUGGCCCUGCUUUUCCCCUCAGAGACCUCAGAGGCUGUGCAGCUGGUGGGGUAAAAGGAGAGAGGGACACCAAGGCUGCUGCCCCAUCUGGUGCCAGAGCCCUUGGCUUUACCCACUUCCGCGCUAACUCUGCAUCUGGUUUAAAAGGUGCACACUCAGCAGAUGCCCCAUGGCAGAGGCUCUGGAUGAUAUUCUCUUAAACCCUUGGAAUGAGGGCAGGAGCUGGAGGUUGGUGUCUGGUCCUGAAUCUUCUGCUCACUCCUUCAAUGGGCUUCAUUUUCUUCUCUGGGCCUUAGUUCUCCACUGUACAAAGGAUCCUUUGUACAGGCUUAUGUCAGAGGUGACAGUCAGAUAUGUGGGGUCGGUUUGUUUGCUUUGGCUUGCACAAUGUUUCCAAAUUUUAAGUCACUUGUCCACUGGUAAUAACGGGAAGGUACAUGUCUCUUGAGAAAGCAGAUAUAGUCUUUCAAUUGGCUAUACUGUAUACAAGUAACAGAAAACCCUACUACGAAUAGCCCAAGAAAUAGACACUUGAGCAUGUCACAUGAUAAGAAGUCCUGAGGUCAGAGUCCAGGGAUCAAACCACAGCUCAGGGCUGUCACGGGACAGCCGGACUCUUCCUGUCUCGCUGCUCUGCUACCCGAAGAGGCUGGUUUAUCUCCUCAGAGUCAUAAGACAACUGCUGCAGACCCACACUGAAUCCACAGACAGAUGCACCGGGUACAUCUGGCCCUCUUAUCAAGAAAGCCAAAGCAUUCUCAGAAAGUCCUUGGAGACUUCUGUUUAUAUCUCAUUGGCCAGAACCGUGUCACUCACACGGCCACUCCUAGUUGCAAGGGAAGCCAGUAUUUAGCUUUUCCGGCCUCCUUCCUACUAGUGGGAGUGGAUAGAUGAUGAGGACGAGGAUUGGGAAUGGCUGCAGAGUCAGCCAAAUGGCAGUGUCUGACUUCUUUGGCAACAUUGGCCUAUACCCCGAAACGGCAGCUCCCAGGUGCCGGAAGAGCCCCUCCAGAGACAGUUCAGUGUGCUGUCACCCAUGGUCACCUCACUCACUUCUGCCACCUCCCUGUCCCUGCAGCCAUGUCAGUGGGCCUCCCCUGCAUGCGAUGAUAAUCAGUUGGCUUUCGGAAGAAUCGGAAGAGGCACAAGGAACCCCAGGAGGACCUCAGGAAGGAGUUGAUGGACUACCGAAAUCUCCUGAAAAAGAGGGCCCCGCCUCCCACCAAGAAAAAGCCGAACCUGGAGCAGGUGUGGCAGCUGCUGAUGACGGCCGACCGCAAGGACUACGAGCGGAUCUGCCUGAAGUACGGCAUCGUGGACUACCGCGGCAUGCUGCGCAAGCUGCGGGAGAUGCGCAAGGAACACGAGGACAAGAUGGCCCAGUAUGUCAACGCCAUCUCCAACCUGAGACACAUCAAGGUCAGCAAGGAGGGGGUCGCAACGUUUGGCCUGGAGCUGGACCUCAAGUAUUCUGGGAGCAAGAUUUACCUGUAUAAGGAUGGUGAGAUGAUCCCCUACGGCUUCGACAACCAGAUCAAGCACUGUCUGCGGCACCUGGGGAAACGCUACCACUUCCAGAUCCGGAACCUGCAUCCUGAGGAUGCUGGCAUUUACCAGGUCAAGGUGGAGGAUGUGGAAAUCUUCUCCACGGAACUGGAUGCUAGCGCCAUCCCCGCCAGAGUGGUGGUCCCGCUGGCUGAGACCCACUGUGAAGAGCAGGGUGACGCCGUCUUCGAGUGUGUUCUCUCCAACCCCUGCCCCAAUGCCACCUGGAAUUUCCGGCACCGGCCACUCCAACUCAGCAACAAAUAUGAAGUGUCUGUGUCUCCUGAUGGGCUGACCCACCGUCUGGUGGUAAGGGGGGCCCAUUUCUCAGACAUGGGCCUCUACUCGCUUGGCACUGGGUUCCACAGCUCUAGCGCCUGGCUGGUGGUUGAAGCUGGGAAGGAUAAAGGCCUCAUGACCACAAGUGAUUACCACCAGCUGCAAGCACAAGGAGCCCAGACUUCAGAAGCAGAAGAUUCCAGGCGCGUCGGUGGCAAGGGAGGGAAACCCAGAGAACAGGGCCCCCUGGAGGGCUCCCUUAAUGGGGCCAGGCCUGCUUCUGAGCUACAGCUCACAGCUGGCUCAGAGACAGGUGGCCUCGGUGGGCAUGGCUACUCCUUGAUGGAGGUUGAUGGGGCAGCUGGCUCAGCCUGGGGCCCUGGACAGGCAAGAAAGGGCUUUGGGGAAGCAGAGGGAUACACAGUCACUCCCCCUGGGGAAAAUCAGCUGCACAGGGAGGGAGGCUGGGACAGAAGCCUUCCAGGGAGCCCCUAUCCACAAGGAGAAGGCCUGGAAUCAGGUUUGGGCCUCACGGAAGGUCAACAGCAAGAUCAUGGCAGGGACAGUGAUGGGGACAGAUGUGGUAGGACAGCAGGAGGCUGGGAGGCUAAGUCCAGGCACUCUCAGGUGGGAGGCCUGGGAAGCGGUGGGGAAGGAAAGGAAUACAGAGAAGAUCAUCAGAGUCCGCUGGACAGGCAUAGCCAGGAACAACUCUGCAGUGCUCAUCUGGGACCUGGGAGGGGAAAGACAGCUCUGAGGGGAUCCCAGUCUGGUCCUGUGGGCUCUUGGUCAGAAGAGGAAAUGAUGGAGAUUUUGCAGGAGGGAAGCCUGGGUGAGGUGGAGGGAGGGGGUGAUCGGAGCAGGGAAAGGCAGAAAGGAACAACAAGGGCAGUGUGGGGUAGUGGGACUGACCUGGGGGAAGCCAGAGACAGUCAUAGGGCAGGUGGUCCUGGGGCCCAGGAGUACUCUGGAGAAAGAGCUUCUAGCUCCAAGGCAGGCAUAGGCCCUGAGUCCUGGGGCUCUCAGGGAGGUAGAGAUGCUCAUAAUGGGGAAGCAAGGGGUUUCUGGGGGCCAGAGGAAUCUCUAGGAAAGAACUUCCAGGAAUCAUCAAUAUCUGGUAGCAGAAAAUUCCCCCUGGGACGAGAGGGGCCUGAGGACAAAGCUGAGGGUUCACUACAGGCAGAUGAUCGUGGCCCAGGGAAGUCUGUGGAGGGCGGAAAGGGCUACAAAACUAGCCCUGGAGGCCCAGGAGGUCCUGGGGGCUGGGAAAAGGGCCUACAGGGACUCCGGGGAAGGGAGGGCCAGGAGACAGCAGGGGGCUUGGGUGAGGCAGGGCAUGACUCCGGAAGCCUCCAGUAUUCACAAAGCUGGACAGCAGGGCAGUGGGGAGCAGAGGGUAGUGGCAGAAUAGAGUCUGAGGGCACAGGUCCUUGGGAUGACACAGGGUCCAGCCUCAGCAAAACUGGGGCUCACCGUGGGCCUGGAAUGUUGGGGUCUAGUGUAGGGGAUGGUGGUGUGGGUGGUGCCCAAGGGGCUGGACUGAUGAGAUCUGGUCAGGGGGUGGAUACCAGAAGCCACAGGCUAAUUGGGUCUCCAAGCCUGGGUGCUCAGGGGUCUGGGAGGACACUAGGAGACCCUGAUGGGUUAAGAGGUCCAGGGACAACAGGUUCUGAACCAGACUUCUGGAAUGGGUCAGGGGACUCCAGAGGACAAAGACCCAGAGGUGAGACAGGCUAUGAGGAUGGCUUAGGAGGUGCAAGGAGAAUAGGACCUAGGUAUGGUGGUGGCUCAGGGUAUGCCAGGGAACUAGGUCUUGAAAAUGCGGCUGGUUAUAGUGAUGGCUCAGCGACGUCAGGAGAAAUGGGAUCUGGUUAUGGCGCUGGUUGUAGAGUUGCCUCUGGGACACCUGGGGGAACAGAGUCUGAGGAAGGGGGUGGUUAUAGGCAUGGCUCAGGGGUACCUGGGGAAAUGUGGUCUGGAAACAAAGAUGGUUCUGGUCCUGCAAUAAGGGGGUCUGGGAGACUUGCUAGUCUCAAGAGUGGCUCAGGUAGCCCUGAAAGAGGGCCCAUGGAUGAAGCCAGGAUACAUCCAGAGGCCGGGGAUGCAUCCAGAGGCCAAGGGGAUACUGGCCCUGGGGGAAGGCAUCAUUCUCAUGGUGGCCUAGGGAGUCCUGGGACAGUGGAGUCUGUAGGUAAAGGUGGCCAUGGGGCCUCUACAACAGUGGAGACUGUUGGGGAGGGACAUGUGGAAGCAGAACCAGGGGUCUCUGGAAGAAUAAGACCCUGGGGUCAGACUGGAGACUAUGGGGACUUCAGAGCCUCAGGGUCUCUGGGGGCCUUUGGAGAAGGAGGCCAUGAAGAUGGCUCUGGGGGAGCAGGAGCCAUGGAGCCAGGGUAUCUGAAGGCAGGAGGUAAAGUGAAUGACGGGGGUAGGACCAGGGACCUUGGUGCUAGGGCCUCUGGAGCUGGAGCUGGUCAUUGGGAUGAUACCAGGUUCCCUGAGGCACUAGCUCCUCAUGCUGGGGCCAGUUCCAAGAGCCAGGGGGCUUAUGGCUCUGGUGAUGUGCCGGGUUAUGGGGGUGGAUCAGGAAUUCGAGGGCCUCAGCAAAUUGGAAGGAGAACAGCUUAUGGAGAAAGGUCAGGGGGUCUUGGGCCUGGGGGGAUCGGGCCAGGGGGUGAGGCAGGUUAUAAGGAUGGUAUUGGGCCCUCUGGGGGAAUAGGGCUUGUAGAUGAGGUAGGCUAUAGGAAAGAUUUGGGAGCUCCUGAGGGAAUGGGUUCAGUGGGUAAGGCAGAUCAUAGGGGUGGUUUGGAGGGUUCUGGGAGAAUUGGGUCAGGGGGUGAGAUAGGUUAUAGGGAUGGUCUGGGGGGUUCUGGGAAAACGGGGUCAGGGGGUGAGGCAGGUUAUGGGGAUCGCUUAGGGGGUUCUGGGAGAAUGGGGUCAGGGGGUGAGAUAGGUUAUAGAGAUGGUCUGGGAGGUUCUGAGAAAAUGGGGUCAGGGGGUGAGGCAGGUUAUGGGGAUGGCUUCAGGGAUCCUGGGAGAAUGAGGAUGGGGGGUGAGGCAGGUUAUAAGGAUGGUUUGGGGAGUUCUGGGAGAAUGGGGUCACAGGGUGAUACAGGUUAUGGGGAUGGCUUGGAGGGUUCUGGGAGAAUGGGAAUGGGGGGUGGGGAAGGUUAUAAGGAUGGUUUGGGGGGUUCUGGGAGAAUUGGGUCAGAGGGUGAAAUAGGUUAUAGGGAUGGUCUGGGGGGUUCUGGAAGAAUGGGGUCAGAGGGUGAGGCAGGUUAUGGGGAUGACUUGGGGGGUUCUGGGAGAAUGAGGAUGGGGGGUGGGGCAGGUUAUAAGGGUGGCUUGGAGGGUUCUGGGAGAAUCGGGUCAGGUUAUGAUGAUGGCUUGGAGGAUUCUGGGGGAAUGGGGUCAAGGGGUAAGGCAGGCUAUGGGGAUGGCUUGGAGGGUUCUGGGAGAAUGGGGUCAGGGGGUAAGGCAGGCUAUGGGGAUGGCUUGGAGGGUUCUGGGAGAAUGGGGUCAGGGGGUAAGGCAGGCUAUGGGGAUGGCUUGGAGGGUUCUGGGAGAAUGGGGUCAGGGGGUAAGGCAGGCUAUGGGGAUGGCUUGGAGGGUUCUGGGAGAAUGGGGUCAGGGGGUAAGGCAGGCUAUGGGGAUGGCUUGGAGGAUUCUGGGAGAAUGGGGUCAGGGGGUAAGGCAGGCUAUGGGGAUGGCUUGGAGGAUUCUGGGAGAAUGGGGUCAGGGGGUAAGGCAGGCUAUGGGGAUGGCUUGGAGGGUUCUGGGAGAAUGGGGUCAGGGGGUAAGGCAGGCUAUGGGGAUGGCUUGGAGGGUUCUGGGAGAAUGGGGUCAGGGGGUAAGGCAGGCUAUGGGGAUGGCUUGGAAGAUUCUGGGAGAAUGGGGUCAGGGGGUAAGGCAGACUAUGGGGAUGGCUUGGAGGGUUCUGGGAGAAUGGGGUCAGGGGGUAAGGCAGGCUAUGGGGAUGGCUUGGAGGGUUCUGGGAGAAUGGGGUCAGGGGGUAAGGCAGGCUAUGGGGAUGGCUUGGAGGGUUCUGGGAGAAUGGGGUCAGGGGGUAAGGCAGGCUAUGGGGAUGGCUUGGAGGAUUCUGGGAGAAUGGGAUCAGGGGGUAAGGCAGGCUAUGGGGAUGGCUUGGAGGAUUCUGGGAGAAUGGGGUCAGGGGGUAAGGCAGGCUAUGGGGAUGGCUUGGAGGAUUCUGGGAGAAUGGGGUCAGGGGGUAAGGCAGGCUAUGAGGAUGGCUUGGGAAAUUCUGAAAGAAUUUGGUCAAAGGGUGAAGCAGGUUAUGGGGACGGCUUGGGGGGUUCUGGGAGAAUGGGGUCAGGGGGUAAGGCAGGCUAUGGGGAUGGCUUGGGGGGUUCUGGGAGAAUGGGGUCAGGAGAUGAGACCGGUUAUAAGGAUGGUUUGGGGGUUUCUGGGAGAAUCAAAUCAGGGGGUGAGGCAGAUUAUAGGGAUGGUCUGGGGGGUUCUGGGAGAAUCGGGUUAGGAGACGAGGCAGGUUAUAAGGAUGGCUUGGGAGGUUCUGGCAGAAUCUGGUCAGGGGGUGAAGCAGGCCGUAGGGGUGAUUUGGGGGGUACUGAGGGACUGGGGUCAGGAAAUGAGGCAGAUUAUAGGGGAGGCUCACGGGUAUCUGAAAAAAUGGGGUCAGAAGGUGAGGUGGGCUACAGAGAUGGUUCAGGGAGUUUCAGAGUAACAGGCACACAGGCUGGAGUGGGGUAUGAGGGUGCACCCAGAGACCAAGAAGCCAUAGGGCAAGGGUCAAGAUACUGGACAGCAUCAGAAGGGACUGAUGGUGGCACAAACUCCAAAGAUGGCUCAGAGAGGGGCAGAGGAAGGAGGCUUUUGAAAGGGGCACGUCCAGGACUGGGCUCUAGGACGACUGGGGUGCCAGCAACUACAGAUGGUGCAGCAUGCAGGGACGACCCUUCGGGCGCAGGGGUGUUGGGGAUUCAAGGAGGGUCACAGAGUCUUUCAGAUGGGCAGGACUCCAAGAAGGGUCUCAGGGGCCCUGGAACCUCAGGGGUCCCUGAGGCGCCGGGGGCUGUUGGCUCUAUGGGAAAAUCAGGUGUCAGAGAGUGGCAAGAUGCUGCUGGGAUCCCAGGGUCUCCUGGGGGCAGAGAGCCUCCCAGUAGGGAGGGUGGGUCUGCAGAUCAAGCAGGGGGUAUGGGGGCUUCUGGGUUUCCUGAUGGUCAGGGCGCAAUGGAGGGUGAGACGUGGGCAGAUGCGGCUGCUCUGGAAUGUGGACAUGAGCAGGACUUCUGGAAAGCAGGCCCAGGAACACCAGACAGGGGUAGAGCAGCUGGCCUUGGGGGAUUUGCACCUCGGGGAGGUGGGGACUCACAGGUGGAAGGCAGAAGGAUGGGAGCUGCAUGGAGGAGUUCAGCGGGUACAGGCCAGGUUCUGGACAGCAACCGGAUGCCUGGGGAAAGGAAUAAAUCAGCAUCAGGUUCUGCUGAUGGACAAGGUGUAAGCCACACUGGGGCCCUAGACAGGGAAGACCAGGGAUUUGGCCAAGGUAGCACAGGUGCUGGGAAUCAGUCCCCAGGUUCCAGAGCUUCCAGAUCUCUGCAGGAGAAAGAUCCCACUUUCAGUGGGACCCAUGAUGGCUCCAGGAGCAGGAAGGGUGCUCCAGGCCAAGAAGGAGCUGGUGGGCGUCAAGGCCCAUGGUUCCUGGAUAGCAAAGGGUCAGGUCCUGGAAGGGGCAGGUCUAUUGGCCCAGGGGACUCAGGUGUCCUGGAGGAAGAGAAUUCCACUUAUAGGGAGAAUGGCUUCACCCAAAAACCUGGGGAUUUAGGGCCUCAGGGAGCCUGGAAUAGCCUAGAUGGGCCCUUUGGCAGAAAAGACUCUGUAGACAGAUCAGGGGGCAUCCAGGGCAUGGGCUUUCAGCUAGACAAAGGACAUAGAGGAGAAAGAGGGUCCCUGGAGGCUGAGAAUGACAAGGCCCAGGGUCCAGGUGCCCAAAAGGAAUAUGAGGGAUGGGGAGCAGAAGAGUGUGGCGGGUCAGACAGAAGGCCUGGCCAGCUCAGAAGCAGGUCCCUGAGACAGUCAGGGGUGGAGGCUGGAACAGCAAAGAGAAGGGGAGCAGAGGAGGGCAGAGGCUUGGGGCAGCCACUGGGAGGAGACAGCAGAGGGAGCGGAGGGGUGACUCUGCACGAAGACUGGAGCCAGGAGCCCCCAAGUCAUCUUGGCAGCAGGAGAGGUGGCAAGGACGGCAGGUCAGACAUCUAUGGCCAGGGGAGGGAUGCCACCCCGAGUACCAGAUCCAGAUCCAAGCGUGGCACUGACGCUUUCUCCAAGGAGGCCCAAGGCCCCAUGAGCUACUUCUCCAAGAGCCUGGCUGACCUGGAAGUACAGCAGGGAGAGGCCGCUGUCCUCUCCUGUACCCUCACCCGUGACCUGGGCCCCGGUGCCUGGUUUAAAGAUGGAGUCAAGCUCAGCGCCCAGGAUGGAAUCACUUUUGAGCAAGAUGGUCUCGUGCACAGCCUCCUCCUUGCCCACGUGCAGGGGCCCCAGGCUGGGAGGUACACCUUUGUUGCCGGCAACCAGCGGAGCGAGGCCACCCUGAGUGUCCAUGAUCGCCCCGUCAUCGCUCCAGAUGUGACAGAGAAACUGAGAGAGCCCCUGGUGGUCAAGGCUGGGAAGCCGGUGACAGUGAAGAUCCCCUUCCAGAGCCACCUCCCAGUUCAGGCUGCCUGGAAGAAGGACGGAGCUGAGCUGGUGGGCAGCGGCAGCAGCCGGGGGGUCCAGGUGGCCCUGGGGGACGGCUUCACUCGGCUGUGCCUCCCUAGCGCUGGCAGGAAGGACCGUGGCCAGUACAGCGUGACGCUGAGGAGCGAGGGAGGCUCCGUCCAGGCCGAGCUCACCCUGCAAGUUCUAGACAAGCCCCAGCCCCCACAAGGUCCCCUGGAGGCACAGGACUGCCAGGGGGCUGGUGUCUGCCUCCACUGGCGGCCCCCCCAGGACGACGGGGGCCGGGCCUUGGAGCACUACGUGGUGGAGAGGCGGCAGGCUGGCAGAAGCACUUGGCUGAAGGUGGGCGAGCCCCCCGCAGGCACCACCACCUUCACCGAUACCCACGUGGAGCAGGGCAAGAAAUACACCUUCCGAGUGCGGGCUGUGACCUCUGAGGGGCCCGGGGAGGCCCUGGAGUCCACAGAGGUGCUGGUGGCUCCCGAGGCUCUCCCCGGGCCCCCUUCCACCCCAGCCAUCCAGUCGGCCUCCAGCCAGGGCAUCACACUGACAUGGACGGCACCUAGGGGCCCCGGCAGUGCCCACAUCCUGGGCUACCUGAUCGAGAAGCGCAAGAAGGGGAGUAACACCUGGACAGCAGUAAAUGCGCAGCCCGUGCCUGGCAGGAAGUGGACCGUGGUGGACAUGCGGCAGGGCUGUCAAUAUCAGUUCCGGGUCACGGCUGUGGCUCCCUCUGGCCCCGGAGAGCCUGGACCCCCAUCAGAUGCUGUCUUUGCUCGGGACCCCAUGAGACCCCCAGGGCCCGUGAGGGACCUCCAAGUCACAGAUACGUCGAACACCAGCAUCACCUUGAGCUGGGCCCAGCCGGAUGCUCAGGAUGGGGACGAAGCCCAGGGAUAUGUGGUGGAGCUGCGUGGCUCAGACAGUCUGCAAUGGAGCCCAUGCCAUACGGGCACCGUGCCGGUCACCACCUUCACAGUCAAAGGGCUUCGGCCCCAAGAGGGCUACUUCAUGAGGGUGACAGCAGUUAACGACGGGGGCCACGGCCAGCCCACUGCCCUGGAUGCAUUAGUGCAAGCCAUGCCUGUUACCGUCUGUCCCAAGUUCCUCAUGGAUUCCAGCACAGAGGACCUGCUGAUGGUCAGAGCUGGGGACACCAUUCGUGUGCCUGUUUCCUUUGAAGCUGCCCCCAUGCCUGAGGUGACCUGGCUGAAGGAUGGCUUGCCCUUGCCUAAAAGAAAUGUGACCUUCACCAAGGAUGGCCUCACCCAGCUCCUGAUUCCUGUGGCCAGCCUCUCAGACAGUGGCCUCUACACUGUGGUGCUGAGGAGCUUGGAGGGCAAGGAGGCUACCUACAGCUUCCCCCUCAGGGUGGCAGCAUGCCCGAAGGCUCCCGGACCCAUCCGCCUGCAGGAGAACGUGCCUGGGACAGUGACGGCUGAGUGGGAACCUUCUCCAGAUGAGGCCGGGGAUGUCCCCCUGCACUACGAGGUGCUGACACGCUCCUCGGAGCACGGGCCCUGGCGCCAGGUGGCCGACCACGUGCACACCAACCACUUCACCCUCCUGGGUGUGCUCCCCGGCCACGAGUACCACUUCCGGGUGGUGGCCAAGAACGAGCUGGGGGCCAGCCAGCCCUCAGACACCAGUCAGCCCUGGUGCAUCCAGCGGCAGCGAGACAGGUUCACGGUGAAGGCUCCCAGCUACCGGGAGCCUGACCUGAGCCAGAAGCCCCGGUUCCUGGUGGGCCUGCGGACCCACCUGCUGCCUGAGGGCUGUGAGUGCUGCAUGAGCUGUGCCGUCCAGGGCUGGCCCCGGCCCAGCGUCACCUGGUUCAAGGACGACCAGAGCCUGGCAGGAAACCCGGAAGUAUAUAGCACUGAUGUGCUGGGCGUGUGCUCCCUCAUCAUCCCCAGUGUCUCCCCCAAGGACAGCGGCCAGUACAAGGCAGUGGCUGAGAACACGCUGGGCCAGGCUGUCAGCACCGCCACCCUCAUUGUCAUAGAAUCUAGCUCCUAGCCCCACCUCGCCCUGGGAUGGCCCUGUCUGGCCCCACAGCCAUCGGAUGGUGACAGAUUCCUGAAACUUCCCUCUUGACGCCCACACUGGCCCAGAGAGCCAGUCCUAAAGGAUGGAGCACACUGGUAGUGCCCAGAGCCCCAGGGAGACAGAGUGAGGGGCUUCCUGGGGAUGUUCCACCAGAAGGGCAUGGAGUCCUUGGGGAAGAAAGAGAAGAAGCGGGGACAUCCAGCCUCUCAACCCCAAGCCAAGUGCCUGAACGGAUGACAGGGAGCCUCCUCCGCCCUCAUUACGUGGGCUUCUUUCUUUUCUACUUUGGGGGAAUCCGGAGAGAACCUGUCUGCAACAUGGAGGCCAAGUCCUUGUUUUCCCGAGCUGGGUUCCUAGAGGGAGAGCAGGAAGAGCUGGGCCUGCUGUGGACACCAGAGGGAAGAAUGAGGAGGUCAGAGGACCUGGGUGAGGGCCAGGGCGUCCAGGGCAUGUGUGGAGGGAGUGCCUUCUGUGCCUUUCAUCAUUAAAACGUUAAGCUAA